CCGACGAUGUACGACACAGGCGGUGAAGUCACCUUGUGCGGGCAGGUCACCCUGGCGGCCACCACGCCUGUCAUACAUCUUGAUACUCCUCAUUUCCUUAUACCAUGUGGCUGCUAUGGUGUCAAAGUCUAACAGGUAGGGCUGUGUACGCAGCGCUCCCGAUAUCUCUGUCUUAAAAGCCUGAGUCGCUCCUUGAGCCAGAGUCUCAAGACGGACUCCAGGGAGAGCUAUGAUAAGGCUGCCGACUCUGGCCAGCCUCCCGCAUAUUCCUCAGCCCGACCUCCAGCUACUGCCGACCAGCCGCCCGCGUACCAACCGCCUGCUGCCUACACCGUAGGGACACAGAAGUUGACGAGCCCUCUGGUCCAGAUACAGGAAUUGAAGGCACAUCUCUGUCUUCUGCGUGCUCUCAAAAACCUGAGAACAGCCGUCGAAGACGGCAAGAUUGCAGAAUGGCCCACAGUCGUGCACACAUGGACUCCGCCGCAGCGCUGGGCCUGGUUUGUUGGACUUGCAGUCGACAGGUUCCAGAGCUGGGUUCAAGCCAUGACAGCUUACAGCUCGCUAGACACCUGGGUAGAACGAGAGAUGCCGCCAAUUGACGUGCUGAUGGUGUGGCAUGCCUACACACUUAACCCAACGUGGUAUGCUGAGGACACUACCCGCAUUCUUAUAUUGCGCUCGCUCAGGGCGAUCAAAGACCGCCUCCUGACUUCUAUCGUUAAAGUAGGAGACAUCAGUACCUAUGAACCUUCUCCAGAGAGAAGGGAUUCAUGGCUCAAGCAAUACGGUACUCCAUUCGACCCGAUCGCGGCCGCGGCCGUGAUGGCUGAGCGCAUUGUCGUCUGCCCGAGCUGUGUCGCGGAGUAUGCUGCGCCCUUCGUCACCCAGGAUGGCACGGGGUACCUUCAAUCCAAGUUCAUCUCGAAAUGCCCAUCCUGUGGCUUCGCAGCAACGAAAGAGAGUCUUGCUGUCUUGAAAUAUGCGCGCGACGUCACUCUCGACCCGCGUAAUACUGAUGACGUGAAGCGCUAUGGAUAUGGCGUGUACAUGGCGGGCACGCUCCGGACGAUAACGCAGCCGACUGCCGACAGUGUCGCGGCCCUUCUGAAGGCGAAGCUGCACAUCGUGUUCAAGCCGCCUGAGGGCGCGGCAUCCAAGGAUGAGUGGGCCAAGGCGAUCACGACCAAGGUCGGAUACAGCAUGGAGAACUUUCAGAAGCAGCAAGCUGCCGUUUUCGCCAACGGCAUGCAGAGGUCGAAGAGGGUGAUGAGUGCAUACAUCGAUGAUCGUCCGUUCUCUGUAGAGCUUGUCGGUGCAGUCAUCCGGCAAUGCUCCUUCAUCGACAAGAUGACUGGGUUUGGUUGGACAGAAUCAGGGGCAUUUGACGGGCCUGAGGACGAGGUAGUGCUACAGCAUGCUAUCGCCAGAUAUCACGCUUUCCUCGACUUGAUGUCCUCUUCUCCGGGAUCGUUCUUCGUGCCCACCUUGGACAUCGACCUUGCCUGGCAUACGCACCAGAUGAAAGCCGAGCUCUAUCAGAACGAUUGCAUUCAGCUUGUUAAGCGUUUCGUUGACCACGACGACCGCGUCGAGGAGAACCACCUGGCGACGUCCUUCGACAUCACUUGCCGCGCGUGGCAGCAACGGUUCCAGGUUCCGUACACGCACUGCGGGUGCCCGCUGCCAGGGGACACGCUCGGGCAGCGGCUGGCGCCGCUGAAGCACCGACUGAGCCUGAGCUCGUCCGCACCGGCCGCGCUCAUGCCGCCGCGGCGCGCGGACGCACUCGGCGCGACGCACGCGAGUGAGCACAACAUGGUCUCGCUUGCACCGCUCGGCGAGGACCACGCGGCGGUCGCAGGCCAGAAACGUAGGGUCCGCGAGGAGAAGGUCCAGCGCCGGCGGCAGCGCGACGAGAAGUUGGUGCGCGACGGCAAGAUGGACGCCGCUGCGGUGCGGCCGGCGUACGACGGCCACCAGAUCGCGUUCCUGUACCCAGUCCCGUUCUAUGCGCCGCCGGUCAUCGGCUGCGUUGCCUCUGCGUCCGGGUGCGGCGGUUUCGGUGGCACCGGGCCCACUGGCGGCGGCGGCGCGGGAAGUGCAGUCGUGAGUUUACGCUCAUUAGCGCCGCAGACGGUAUCUAUUGAUUAUUGACGGUUCUCGCAGGGUGCCGGAUCAAGUGGUGGCGGAGGAGGUGGUAGCAGAAGUGGUGAUGGCGGCGGCUGUGGCGGAGGAGGAAGCGGCGGCGGCGGCGGAGCUAGCGGAGGUAGAGCUAGUGCCGGGUGUGGAGGAGGCGGAGGGUGCGGAGGAGGUGGAGGCGGUGGAGGCGGUGGAGGCGGUGUAGGAGGAGGCGGAGGGUGCGGAGGAGGUGGUGGCGGUGAAGGAGGAGGAGGAGGAGGGUGCGGUGGAGGAGGAGGAGGGUGCGGUGGAGGAGGGUGCGGCGGGUGCGGUGGAUGAGGAGGCGGUGGAGGUUGCUAAUGGCGUUCCUUGGCACUUCAGCUUCGCAAGAUUUAUUCCAUAUGCUUUAUCCCAGAGAUUUGGCCGCUUUGGCAACAGUCCACGGUGACAUCCAAUUUUCCACACCUCUGAGUAUUAUUCAAUGUCUAACCACGCCUGUGGCUUGAGUAACGCGCAUGAUGUACCAUUAAAAAUAGAGGGGAACUGAGAAAAAUUCAGUGGAUAAAAGUUUUGCAAAGUGCGGCUGGGGCCAUGUAUUAGACACGUAGUGCCGGCUGCAACAACGAUGUCCC